CCUCUCUCCCUUUCUUUAUUGGCUUGGCCUUUAUUAAUUUUCCAUUUCCCGUAAUUUCCUCCCUCCUUUCCACCUUGCUUCCUUCCUCGCCUUGCUCUCUCUCUCUCUCUCUCACCUGGGCGGCGGCGGCAGCAGCGGCAGGAGGUUAGGCUCCCAUCUAUCUCCCAUCUCAUUGCAUGCGAAACAAGCAAGCAAGAGGCCAAGAGGAGCAGUGAGUGAGUGAGUGAGUGGCGUUUGGUGUGAAGUGAGGAGGAAGAAGGAAGGCAUGGCAUGGACCUGCUGCUCCUGGCCGAUCUAAUCACUUUGCCCUUAGGAGUGUUGUUGAGAGAAGGACAAGGUCUCUGAUCAGCUGAAGCUUGUUUGGUCAAAAAGCUGAGAGCUUGGUUGAGCUGCGAGUCCAAGCUCGAGAGGACCACUGCCACUGUGAAGAACAGCGGCGGCGACAGCAGCAAGAAGACGAGGCAGCUGCCAAGGGGAUAGAUAGAUCUAGGCAAAUGGAGACCAAGGACGUGGCCCCGCUCGCCGCCACCGCCGCCGCCGGCGCGGCAGCCGCGGUGCCUGCUCCGGCGUCUCAGCCGCCGCCGGCCUCUAUGGCUCCGCCGCAGCACCAGCAGCUGCCGUCGCCGUUCGCGCAGCAGGCGGCGCCGGCGCCGGGCGCGCCCAUGCCUGGCGGCAUGCGGCUGUCGUUCGACCAGAUGGUGGGGAAAGCGCCGGGGGAGCAGCACCACCACGCGAGGCCCAUGCUGUACGCUCCGCCGCUGCCCCCGCCGCAAGGCGCGGCGGCCGCGGGCUCGCCGGGCGGCAAUGUGCUGGGCAUGGGCGAGCUGAUGCGGAAGAAGCGCGGGCGGCCGCGCAAGUACGCGCCCGACGGGAGCAUGGCCCUGGCGCUGGCGCCCAUAUCCUCCGCCUCCGCUGGCGGCGCCGCGCCGCCCGGCCAGCAGCAGCACGGGUUCUCCAUCAGCAGCCCCCUGUCCGACCCCAACGCCAAGCGCCGCGGCCGGCCCCCCGGCUCCGGCAAGAAGAAGCAGUUCGAAGCCCUGGGUUCUUGGGGCAUCGCCUUCACUCCUCACGUCCUCUCCGUCAAGGCCGGCGAGGAUGUUGCUUCAAAAAUAAUGACAUUCUCACAGCAAGGUCCUCGCACAGUCUGCAUUCUUUCUGCUAAUGGUGCAAUUAGCAAUGUAACACUUCGGCAGCCAGCUACAUCUGGUGGAUUAGUUACUUAUGAGGGGCGCUUUGAGAUCAUCUCUCUAUCUGGUUCUUUCCUGCUUGCCGAGGAUGGGGACACUCGCAGCAGGACUGGCGGGUUGAGCGUCGCACUUGCAGGAUCUGAUGGCCGAGUUCUUGGUGGAUGUGUGGCUGGCAUGCUUAUGGCUGCAACUCCUGUUCAGGUUGUGGUGGCUAGUUUCAUCGCAGAGGGUAAGAAAUCAAAGCCCGCUGAGGCACGGAAGGUCGAACCCAUGUCUGCUCCUCCCCAGAUGGCUACCUUUGUGCCAGCUCCGGUGGCCACCAGCCCUCCGUCGGAGGGCACAUCCAGCGCAUCGUCUGAUGACUCUGGCAGCCCAAUCAACCACAGCACGAUGCCCUACAACCACUCCGGCCAGCACCAGCACCCUCACCCUAACCAGCAGCAGCACAUGCCUCCUGCCUACGCUUCCGGGGGCUGGUCCCUCUCUGCGCACCAGCAGAACAGGCAUGACUCUGACAUGAAGAUGAUGUUGAACUAACACUGCUCAACCUUGAGUGGGCGCCCCAUUUGUUGGUUGGGCUGAAGAGGAAGCUGAUGAUGGUUGGUACUUCAUAGCGUCGUCUGCGAUAUCGGUGACGGUGUAUCUGCUAUAUCUAAGCUAGCUAGGAGAUUUAGGUUCAUGGUAUCACCUGCUAUUUCCCCUCCCUAGUAAGAUCAAUUUAAUUUGAAUUUAGCCACUGUUGUAAUGCUGUAGCUGCUGUCCUAAAGUCAGUCAGUCCCUAACGUGAUGUCUGAUGAGAUCUUCACCUCCUAGGCUAGUUAAGUAAUAUGCUGGUCUCCUGUACUCUGGAUCAUGAAACUCACUUGGAUGCUUUGAUUUCAAUUUGGGAACAAGAUCGUACGUAUCCUGUUCUGUUGCC